CCCCACACUCCAUUCCAAGCUCUCUCUCUCAGUCUCUCUCCUACCUUCCAGCCAGCAAACAAACAAAACGGCAACAAAAAGAUCAAACAAGCUCAACGACCCACUCGCCUCCCGUGAUCACACUCGAGCGCGAGAUCAAUGGCGGCCAAGGUGGCGGCGCCGCUCGCGUUCCGCCGCGACGUGCGCGGCCCGCUCGGCCGGCCGCUGGGCUGCCCGAGCGGGAGAGGUAUGCCGGGCGUGCUGUGCUGGAGCAGUGGCACCGCCGGCAGCAAAAGGCUCGCGGCGCCCGCGUGGCUGGCGCGGGCGCGCGGGAAGAACAGGUCCGCCGGCGGGCGGAGCUCGACCAAGGACGAAGCGGAGGAGGAGGAGGAGGCCGCGGAGGUGGUGAUCGUGGACGCCGGGGAUGAGGAGGAGUUCGCCGCCGACGAGCUGUCCGGGUUCAGGGGCCUGGUUCUUGAUAUCUCCUACAGGCCUGUCAAUGUUGUUUGCUGGAAGCGCGCCAUCUGCCUGGAAUUCAUGGAGAAGGCCGAUGUACUGGAGUACUACGAUCAGACGGUCUCUUCGCCUAGCGGAUCAUUCUACAUCCCUGCAGUUCUAAGGGUUCCACAGCUUCUGCAGGUUGUGAAGAGAAGAAGAGUCAAGCAGAGCCUUAGCCGUAAAAACAUUCUUUACAGGGAUGAAUUCACCUGUCAAUAUUGCUCUUCUCGGGACAACUUGACAAUUGACCAUGUUAUUCCGAUUUCACGUGGUGGUAAAUGGGAAUGGGAAAAUUUGGUGACUGCCUGUUCAAGAUGCAACUCCAGGAAGGGUCAGAAGACACUGGAGCAGGCAAACAUGAAGCUGCGCAAGUUACCCAGGGCGCCCAAGGAUUACGACAUUCUGGCAGUGCCCUUGACAAAAUCCGCAUUCAGAACGCUGAAGAGGAGCCAGGGGUUGCCUGAAGUGUGGCUGCAGUACCUCGCUAGGCCGUCUCCAUGACCAGGAGCUCCAGACCAUAUCAACCAGCCAUCUCAUUGUAUAUUACUAGGCUGUACAGCCAAAAGACUCAACAUUCUCUUUCCUAUGUAACUUCUGUACAUGACAAUAAUUCUCAGUAGCACAUCAAACUGAAUCUAAUAUAUUCAUGGCCCGUUCUAUGACAAAUUCUGUACAAGUGAACAUGACAACAGUCUGCAAUAAAGGCCAUGACAGGACUGUUUUGAGAAA